AUGGCACCAAAGAAGAGCUCCAAACCUGCUUCAUCAGCCUUCACAUGUACUUCUUGCACAAAAGCAUUCGCCAGCGCCAAAGCCUUGUCAGAUCAUUCUAGGUCUAAGCAUGCGGUACCUACCACUGCGAGUGACAGCACUUCUACUCUGGAGGUGAUCAAUGCCCCAGGCACAAUUUCUACGAAGAACGCCGAGUUCGCAGCCUCUCGUGUCGGGAUAGCAACGACUAUGACUUGGACGACUCUCACAACGGACCCUGAGUCUUCAUGUCAUACAAAAAUACCUUCAUGGUCGAAUGCCCAAGAUACGUCCUCCACGCCACGACCGUCCAAACAAAUUACAUUCAUCAAGGAGCGCACUCAACAGAGAACCACACCACGAUCAAAAGCUUCCAAAGCACAAGUCCCCAAUCCACAAGUCCCCAAUCCACAAGUCCCCAAUCCUAAAGCUUCGAAAUCAAAAGCUCCCCAACCAAAAGCUUCCCAACCCACAGCUUCCCAACCCAAAGCUCCUCAAUUCAAAGCUCCCCAGCCAAAAGCUCCCCAGCCAAAAGCUCUCCAGCCAAAAGCUUUCCAACCGAAAGCCACCACACCAAAACCGCAAACCCUGACAACAUACGCAGUCCCAGAUUGGACAGUCAUCCCAGACAGCAAACAACCCGCAGCACUUACCGCACUCAUCCUCAACUGCCACGCCCGACCAAUUCUCACAGCCAACGAAUACAAGUUCGGAACAACGCUACCUAUCCCUUACAAGACAAAUCCAAAGCGCGCGGCCAUAUCCAUCGACUGCGAGAUGGUUGGCAUAAACCCGAAUAACACAUCCUCGUUAGCCCGCAUCUCGGUAAUCGACUACCUUACCAAUGAGACCCUCAUAGAUACGCUCGUUGAACCCACACAGCCCGUCACGGACUGGCGGACGAAAUACAGCGGCAUCACAAGACAGGCUAUGGCGACUGCGGUGUCUCAGGGGAAAGCUCUGAGAGGAUCAACCGAAGCACGCAUGGAGCUAUUCAAAUAUGCCGAUAGUAACACUAUCUUUGUCGGACACGCUUUGCAGCAUGACUUGUUAGCCCUGGGCAUCCGACACGACCGCAUCGUCGAUUCCGCAAUCUUAGCCGCCGAAGCCGUGGGAAAGGGUGUGAAAAGGCGGUGGGGACUGAAAGACCUGUCCAGCCAACUCCUCGACAUCAAGAUCCAGGGUGGUGACAAAGUAGGCCAUGAUUCCGUUGAAGAUGCUUUCGCAGCGAGGGAGGUGGUGCUGUGGUGUAUUGACCAGCCGAACAAGUUGAGUAUUUGGGGAGAGAAGAAGAGGAAGGGGUACUACGGCGGCAAAAGCAAGAAGACUAGUGUUAAGAAAGGGGUUAGUUCGAGGGGGUUUCGUCCGUCAUCUUCGAGACCUGCGUGGUGUGGGCGCUACGAGGAAGUUGAAGACGUGUUGACGUGGUCGGAUGUUGCGGGGGAUUAUGGGGAUAAGGAUUAUGGUUAUUGGUCGGACUAG